UCUUUCGCCAUCCCGAAUACCUCUUCACAACAUCCGCGAUCAUGGCCGACCAGAACAACCCACCGAAAUUCGCCUUCGGUCAGCCAUCAAACACGCCUUCAUCAGGUUCACUUUUCGGCAACAACGCAUCCACAUCAGCACCAGCAUUCGGGUCAACUCCCAGCACGGCAGGCGCGAAACCUCUCUUCGGCGCGAUCACGAACAAUACCACCGGCGGUAACACAGCGAACACUGGCUCGACCUUGUUCGGGCAAUCAACAGGCGCGAGUGGCAGCAGCACACCACAGGCACCACGUCCAGGCAGCGGUUUCCUUGGAGGCGGUGGCUUCACCGCAGGUGCAUCGACGACUCCCAUGGGUGAGCCAAAGACGUCGGGUGGACUAUUCGGAGGAGCGCAGGCAGCUGGGACAACAGGAGGUGGAAUGUUUGGCGCGCAGAAACCUCAAAGCUCCGGCGGCGGUGGAGGUAACAGCUUGUCUUUCGGCGGUGCCAACAACAACACAACAUUAAGCGGGCAGGCACCAGGAUCGGGAUUGUUCGGCAGCACACAGGGUCAGAGUAAUACACCAGCAACGACAUCGAGCGGAACUUCAGGCGGGCUGUUUGGAGCCAGUAUCGGACAGUCGACGAAUCAAACUCAACAGCAGAAUAGCGGUUCCACCAUGUUCGGCAGCAAGCCUGCAGCUCCAUCAGGUGGGCUCUUCGGGAACACGACAACCAGCGCUGCAGGAACGCAGUCUGGCAGCAACACAACCUCUACUGCUCCGCCGACUUCUACUCUGUUUUCCAACAUUGGAAACAACAACAACACAUCAUCCGCAGCUCCCGCAUCGGCGACUACCGCUACGACCUCUGGUGGACAAACUUCAAGCAUCUUUGGCAGCAAGGCACCCGCAGCGCCGACUAGUGGUGGACUUUUUGGAAAUCUCGGCCAGAACUCAAACGCAACGCCUCCAGCGAGCGCUGCUCCAACUGGUGGACUUUUCGGUGCCGCUGGACAGUCCAAGCCAGCCGAGAAUUCUACACCGAAACCUGCAGGCUCCUCCUUCUUUCCCAGCAGCACGCCUGCUACCACCAGCGCUCCGGCAGCACUGUCUGCGGCUCCAGCACCGAGCAUGUUCAGUAUGGGAGCUCCCACCACUACAUCCGCGCCAUCGUCAUUCUUUCCCAGCACCACUGCGGCUUCGACUGCGGCGCCAUCAACUUCCUCACUGUUCCCUCAGACCUCGACAGCUCGACCCGCUUUGAGCGGAAACGCGGCGCCUUCCAUGUUCGGUGCAGCUGCGACUUCAUCCACACAGCCUGCAACGACAAGCGCCGCUCCCGCGCCCGCCGCAGCUUCUACGACAGGACUUUUCGGCUCCUCCACUACGACCACAGCACCAGCGGCCACCACGGCAGCGAAUGCAUCCACGACCGCACCCUCCGCCGCCGGUCCCACCGCCGGAACUGGCUCUCGUCUAGCCCACAAGUCGCUCGAUGAGAUCUUGACGAUGUGGUCGACAUCACUCACCGCUCACCAAAAGACCUUCCAGAACCUCGCCUCUCGCACAUCAGCCUGGGACCGCCAACUGGUCGAGAACAGCGCGAAGAUCUCUGCCCUUUACGGACGCUGCUUCCAAGCCGAGCGUGACUGCAGCGAAGUCGAGCGUCAACUGGCCAACGUCGAACACACGCAAUCCGAAGUCGAGCACUUCCUGGAUAAGUACGAAGAGGAGGUGGACAAGCUGAUGGGCAGCACCGGCGUGGGCGAGGAUGGAAUAGGAGGUGUCGACGCGGAGCGUGAGCGCACAUACAAGACGGCGGAGAACUGCUCUUCUCGACUGGGGGAGCUGAGCACGAGCUUGACGGAUAUGGUGGAUGAGAUCAACGUGACGAGCGAGAAGCUUUCGGGACACAACAAGGAUAAGGAGAGUCAGGCUAGUGGUGAUCCGUUGAGACAGAUUGUUGGCGUGCUCAACCGGCAUUUGUCGCAGUUGCAGGGUAUUGGGACUGGUGCAAACAAUUUGCAGGAGAAGGUCGCUGCUGCUCAGCGGGAGGCGAGGAGUCUGAGUACGCAGGGUCUGAAUGGCGGAGGUGCGUGGGUGGAGGACUUUGGGAGGAGUUAUCUGGGCAGGAGAUGA